GAUCAGAGUCCAGACGUUGGUCAGCCUCCCCAUGAGUCUCAAAUGCGGCUGGGAUCCAUAUUUAUGGAACUGGAGAAAAAGAUUGUUAUGUUUGUGAAGGACGAGCUGAAGGAGAUCCAGAAGGUCUUGAGUUCAGAUUAUCCAGAUGAGGAGGAGGAGGAGGGUGUGUCUGGAAAUAAGGAUGAGAAGCAGAGGAGCAGCAGCAGCAGAGAGGCGUUUUUAAAGAUCACCGUUGACUUCUUGAGAAUGAUGAAUCUGGAUGACCUGGCUGACCUUCUGCAGAGCAAAUCACUCAUCACAUGCCAACAAACACUAAAGUCUAACAUGAAGAACAAGUUCCAGUGUGUGUUUGAAGGAAUCACUAAAUCAGGAAAUCAAACCUUUCUAAAUCAGAUCUACACAGAGCUCUACAUCACAGAGGGAGGAUCUGGAGAGGUCAAUAAUGAACAUGAGGUCAGACAGAUUGAAUCAGUGUCCUGGAAACCAGACAGACCAGAAACAGCAAUUAGACAUGAAGACAUAUUUAAAUCUUCACCUGAAAGAGAUGAACCAGUGAGAACAGUGAUGACAAAGGGAGUGGCUGGCAUUGGGAAAACAGUCCUGACUCAGAAGUUCACUCUGGACUGGGCAGAAGACCAAACCAACCAGGACAUCCAGUUCAUGUUUCCAUUCACAUUCAGAGAACUGAAUCUGUUAAAAGAUGAACAGUUCAGCUUGGUGGAGCUUGUUCACCACUUUUUUAGUGAAACCAGAGGAAUCUCCAGGUUUGAAGAGUUAAAGGUUGUGUUCAUCUUUGAUGGCUUGGAUCAGAGUCGACUUCCACUGGACUUCCACAACAAUGAGAUCCUGACAGAUGUAACAAAGUCCACCUCAGUGGAUGUUCUUCUGACAAACCUCAUCAGAGGGAACCUGCUUCCCAAAGCUCACCUCUGGAUAACCACAAGACCUGCAGCAGCCAAUCGGAUCCCCACUGAGUUUGUUGGCAUGAUGACAGAGAUCAGAGGAUUCACUGACAUAAAGAAAGAUGAGUACUUCACUAAAAAGUUUAGAUAUAAGGAGGAGGCCAGAUUAGUAAUCUCCCACAUAAAGAAAUCCAGAAGCCUCCACAUCAUGUGCCACAUCCCAAUCUUCUGCUGGAUCACUGCUACAGUUGUGGAAGACAUGUUGAACAAGAAAGAUGGAGAAGAUCUGCCAAAGACCCUGACUGAGAUGUACAUCCACUUCCUGGUGGUUGAGACCAAACUGAAGGUCAUCAAGUACGAUGGAGGAGCUGAGACAGAUUCACACUGGAGUCCAGAGAACCAGAAGAUGAUCGAGUCUCUGGGAAAACUGGCUUAUGAACAGCUGAUGAAAAGGAACCUGAUCUUCUAUGAAUCAGACCUGGCAGAGUGUGGCAUCGAUAUCAGAGCAGCUUCAGUGUGUUCAGGAGUUUUCACAGAGAUCUUCAGAGAAGAGAGAGGGCUGUACCAGGACAAGGUGUUCUGCUUCGUCCACCUGAGUGUUCAGGAGUUUCUGGCUGCUCUUCAUGUUCAUCUGACUUUCAUCAAAUCUGGAGUCAAUCUGCUGGCAAAAAGCGAAAUGAAAUCCAAGGAAUUAGAAAAAGGAAAUCAUGAAUCUUCAGAGACAGAUAUCUACAAGAGUGCUGUGGACAUGGCCCUAGAGAGUCCAGAUGGACACAUGGACUUGUUCCUUCGCUUCCUACUUGGUCUUUCACUUGAGACCAAUAAGCACCACCUAAGAGGCCUUGUGAAACAGACAGAAGAAAGUUUAGCAACUAAUAAAGACACAGCCCAGUACAUCAAGGAGAAGAUGAAUAAUGAUCUAUGUAUUGAGAAAAGCAUCAAUCUGUUCCACUGCCUGAAUGAACUAAAUGAUCAGUCUCUGGUGGAGGAAAUCCAACAAUCUCUACAAACAGGAAGUCUUUCAGCUCACCAGCUGUCUCCUGCUCAGUGGUCAGCUCUGCACUUCAUGCUAUUUUCAUCAGAUGAAGGUCUGGAAACAUUUGACCUGAAGAAAUACUCUGCUUCAGAUGAAGCUUUUCUGAAGCUGCUGCCAAUAGUCAAAGCCUCCAGCAAAGCUGUACUGAGUGGGUGUAACCUCUCAGAGAGAAGCUGUGAAGCUCUGUCCUCACUGCUCAGCUCAACAACAUCUAGUCUCAGAGAUCUGGACCUGAGUAACAACGACCUGAAAGAUUCAGGAGUGAAGCUGCUGUGCAGUGGACUGAUGAGUCCAGACUGUGAACUGGAGAUUCUCAGCACCAAUCUCUCAGUUACCAAAUCACUCAUCACAUGCCAACAAACACUAAAGUCUAACAUGAAGAACAAGUUCCAGUGUGUGUUUGAAGGAAUCACUAAAUCAGGAAAUCAAACCUUUCUGAAUCAGAUCUACACAGAGCUCUACAUCACAGAGGGAGGAUCUGGAGAGGUCAAUAAUGAACAUGAGGUCAGACAGAUUGAAUCAGUGUCCUGGAAACCAGACAGACCAGAAACAGCAAUUAGACAUGAAGACAUAUUUAAACCCUCACCUGGAAGAGAUGAACCAAUCAGAACAGUGAUGACAAAGGGAGUGGCUGGCAUUGGGAAAACAGUCCUGACUCAGAAGUUCACUCUGGACUGGGCAGAAGACCAAACCAACCAGGACAUCCAGUUCAUGUUUCCAUUCACAUUCAGAGAACUGAAUCUGUUAAAAGAUGAACAGUUCAGCUUGGUGGAGCUUGUUCACCACUUUUUUAGUGAAACCAGAGGAAUCUCCAGGUUUGAAGAGUUAAAGGUUGUGUUCAUCUUUGAUGGCUUGGAUGAGAGUCGACUUCCACUGGACUUCCACAACAAUGAGAUCCUGACAGAUGUAACAAAGUCCACCUCAGUGGAUGUUCUUCUGACAAACCUCAUCAGAGGGAACCUGCUUCCCAAAGCUCACCUCUGGAUAACCACAAGACCUGCAGCAGCCAAUCGGAUCCCUGCUGAGUUUGUUGGCAUGAUGACAGAGAUCAGAGGAUUCACUGACCCACAGAAAGACGAGUACUUCACUAAAAGGUUUAGAUAUAAGGAGCAGGCCAGAAUGGUAAUCUCCCACAUAAAGAAAUCCAGAAGCCUCCACAUCAUGUGCCACAUCCCAAUCUUCUGCUGGAUCACUGCUACAGUUGUGGAAGACAUGUUGAAAAAGAAAGAUGGAGAAGAUCUGCCAAAGACCCUGACUGAGAUGUACAUCCACUUCCUGGUGGUUCAGACCAAACUGAAGGUCAUCAAGUACGAUGGAGGAACUGAGACAGAUUCACACUGGAGUCCAGAGAACCAGAAGAUGAUCGAGUCUCUGGGAAAACUGGCUUUUGAUCAGCUGAUGAAAAGAAACCUGAUCUUCUAUGAAUCAGACCUGGCAGAGUGUGGCAUCGAUAUCAGAGCAGCUUCAGUGUGUUCAGGAGUUUUCACACAGAUCUUCAGAGAAGAGAGAGGGCUGUACCAGGACAAGGUGUUCUGCUUCGUCCACCUGAGUGUUCAGGAGUUUCUGGCUGCUCUUCAUGUUCAUCUGACCUUCAUCAAAUCUGGAGUCAAUCUGCUGGCAAGAGGUGAAACAAAAUCCAAGGAAUUGGAAACAAGAAGCCAUGGAUCGUCAGAGAUAGAGAUGUACCAGAGUGCUGUGGACAUGGCCCUAGAGAGUCCAGAUGGACACCUGGACUUGUUCCUCCGCUUCCUACUUGGUCUUUCACUGGAGACCAAUAAGCAUCGCUUAGGAGGCCUUUUGACACAGACAGAAGAAAGUUUAGCAACUAAUAAAGACACAGCCCAGUACAUCAAGGAGAAGUUGAAUAACGACCAAUGUAUUGAGAGAAGCAUCAAUCUGUUCCACUGCCUGAAUGAACUAAAUGAUCAGUCUCUGGUGGAGGAAAUCCAACAAUCUCUACAAACAGGAAGUCUUUCAGCACAGCAGCUGUCUCCUGCUCAGUGGUCAGCUCUGCUCUUCAUCCUAAUGUCAUCAGACAAAGGUCUGGAAACAUUUGACCUGAAGAAAUACUCUGCUUCAGAUGAAGCUUUUCUGAAGCUGCUGCCAAUAGUCAAAGCCUCCAGCAAAGCUAUACUGAGUGGGUGUAACCUCUCAGAGAGAAGCUGUGAAGCUCUGUCCUCGUUGCUCAGCUCAACAACAUCUAGUCUCAGAGAUCUGGACCUGAGUAACAACGACCUGAAAGAUUCAGGAGUGAAGCUGCUGUGCAGUGGACUGAUGAGUCCAGACUGUGAACUGGAGAUUCUCAGGUGAGAUCCAUUUAAAUNAAAGUCCACCUCAGUGGAUGUUCUUCUGACAAACCUCAUCAGAGGGAACCUGCUUCCCAAAGCUCACCUCUGGAUAACCACAAGACCUGCAGCAGCCAAUCGGAUCCCUGCUGAGUUUGUUGGCAUGAUGACAGAGAUCAGAGGAUUCACUGACCCACAGAAAGACGAGUACUUCACUAAAAGGUUUAGAUAUAAGAAGCAGGCCAGAAUGGUAAUCUCCCACAUAAAGAAAUCCAGAAGCCUCCACAUCAUGUGCCACAUCCCAAUCUUCUGCUGGAUCACUGCUACAGUUGUGGAAGACAUGUUGAACAAGAAAGAUGGAGAAGAUCUGCCAAAGACCCUGACUGAGAUGUACAUCCACUUCCUGGUGGUUCAGACCAAACUGAAGGUCAUCAAGUACGAUGGAGGAGCUGAGACAGAUUCAAUCUGGAGUCCAGAGAGCAGGAAGAUGAUCGAGUCUCUGGGAAAACUGGCUUUUGAUCAGCUGAUGAAAAGAAACCUGAUCUUCUAUGAAUCAGACCUGGCAGAGUGUGGCAUCGAUAUCAGAGCAGCUUCAGUGUGUUCAGGAGUUUUCACACAGAUCUUCAGAGAAGAGAGAGGGCUGUACCAGGACAAGGUGUUCUGCUUCAUCCACCUGAGUGUUCAGGAGUUUCUGGCUGCUCUUCAUGUUCAUCUGACCUUCAUCAACUCUGGAGUCAAUCUGCUGGCAAAAGGUGAAACAAAAUCAAAGGAUUUAGAAAAACAGAACCAUGCUUCUUCAGAGACAGAUAUCUACCAGAGUGCUGUGGACAUGGCCCUAGAGAGUCCAGAUGGACACCUGGACUUGUUCCUCCGCUUCCUACUUGGUCUUUCACUUGAGACCAAUAAGCACCACCUAAGAGGCCUUGUGAAACAGACAGAAGAAAGUUUAGCAACUAAUAAAGACACAGCCCAGUACAUCAAGGAGAAGAUGAAUAAUAAUCCAUGUAUUGAGAAAAGCAUCAAUCUGUUCCACUGCCUGAAUGAACUAAAUGAUCAGUCUCUGGUGGAGGAAAUCCAACAAUCUCUACAAACAGGAAGUCUUUCAGCUCACCAGCUGUCUCCUGCUCAGUGGUCAGCUCUGCACUUCAUGCUAUUUUCAUCAGAUGAAGGUCUGGAAACAUUUGACCUGAAGAAAUACUCUGCUUCAGAUGAAGCUUUUCUGAAGCUGCUGCCAAUAGUCAAAGUCUCUAACAAAGCUGUACUGAGUGGGUGUAACCUCUCAGAGAGAAGCUGUGAAGCUCUGUCCUCGUUGCUCAGCUCAACAACAUCUAGUCUCAGAGAUCUGGACCUGAGUAACAACGACCUGAAAGAUUCAGGAGUGAAGCUGCUGUGCAGUGGACUGAUGAGUCCAGACUGUGAACUGGAGAUUCUCAGGCUUUCAGGUUGCCUAAUCACAGAGGAAGGCUGUGCUGCUCUGGCCUCAGCUCUGACUAACAACCCAUCUCACCUGAAGGAGCUGGACCUCAGCUUCAAUAAUCCAGGAGAUUCAGGAAAGGAGAGUCUAGCAGCGAUACUGAAGAAUCCAAGCUUCAAACUGGAGUCUCUCUGCAUGGUGCCUGCAGGAGAUGAAUGGAUGACACCAGGUCUCAGGAAGUAUUUCUGUCCACUAACAGUCGACAAAAACACUGUGAACAAAUUUCUCAAACUUUCAAACAAAAACAAGAAGGUGACGCGUGUGAAAGAGGAGCAGCCGUAUCCUGAUCAUCCAGACAGAUUUGAUCUCUGUCAGCUGCUGUGUACUGAUGGUGUGACUGGUCGCUGUUACUGGGAGGUGGAGUGGAGUGGGAAGGUUUAUGUAUCACUGAGUUACAGGGGAAUCAUGAGAAAGGGAGAGAGUGACAACGCCUGGUUUGGAUUUAAUAAUAACUCCUGGGGUCUGAUCUGCUCAGAUGAUGGUUACACUGUUUGGCACGAUAGUGAAAAAAAAGCAUUUAUCCCUCUUGCCUCUGUCUCAGGCAGAGUAGCUGUGUAUGUGGACUGUCCUGUUGGAACUCUAUCUUUCUAUAAGGUGUCCUCAGAGACACUUGUUCACCUCUACACCUUCAACACCAAAUUUACUGAACCUCUGUAUCCUGGAUUUGUAUGCAGGAGUCGUUCUAGGGAGUCUUGGUGCUCAUUUGAAUAGUCCUUUCUAAGUUCCAGGAAACUUAAUUUUACAUGUAUUUCAUCUAGUAUAUGUUAUUUAAUAAACAUACUAUGUGAGUCUUUAUUAUGUGUAACCUUUCAAGGGAGAAAAAUCUCAGCGCUUCACAAUAAUUAACACGAAAGGUCAACUGCUAGCACAAUCCUGUAAAACGCUUAUAAGAAAAACUGUUGAAGAGGAGUAAAAACAUUCAAUGCAAAAAUCCCAUCCAAAGAAUAUUAGAAAUUGGUGCACAACAGUGUUUCCAAAACUAAACUGCAAAGUUACAGCAGUUUAUAAGAUAAAAUGAGCUAAAAAGCUAAACCUAGCUUAAACACUAAUGAUAGCAUAUAGGCUAGCACUAGCAUGUUGACCUAAUGUAACAUACUGCAGUCAAUAUGAAAACCCCAUGUAACAGUUAAAAUUAUGUAUAUAUCUAAAGCUAGAUAAAAUAUUAAUGAUAGGAAGCUAUCAUUAGUAUUAGCUUACGCUAGUAAGCUAUUACUAGUGUAUUGACCUAGCAUAAAAUAUUU